UGAGAAGCUUUGUGCAUGUCAUGCACCAACUAUACCAACUACCAAGCGGAGUUUAAAAUUUUUUAGGGCGGGGAAUGAAGAAUGGAAGAAAAUGUGUUCGGUGAUUCUACUUUGUUUCCUUGUUCCUGAUAGAGAAUUUAAGUUUUUUUCUUGGGUUAGGUUGUUGAUGUGUGUUUUAGCAUUUCCUUUAUAGUUGGAGUCCAUGAGUUGUCAAUUAUGGAAGGAAACUUGUCCAUUAAACUGCAAGUGUUCGAUCAAAUGCCUCAACCAUUUGCAUCACAUGGUGUAUGUAUGCGUUUUUGCAGCUUAUCAUUAUAGGCUUGGAUUAGCAGCUAUCCAUGGUGCCAGACUGCCAGUUAAAUAUCAUAGGAACUUCAAAUAUCAUUCUGUACUAGGUUCAUCAUUUUCUGACUUACUUGCAAAAACUUCAGUUCAUGUUCUCUCUAUUCUAAUUAAUAGAUCUCCUACUCUCUCUUCCAUUCCUUUCACUAUUUUUUCAAGAUUUAUUUCUCAACAGCAUACUUGGUCAUGAUGGGACAUUCUUUCACUCGUGAAGAAAGGGAUGCUUUAUCAAUUACAGAGACAGAUCCGCACUUUGGCAGCUCGUAAGUUGGCAAACCUUUCGUGUGGAAUUCUCUCUUAUUUCUCAUAUGUUUUAUGCAUUUGUUGCUGGCAUCACUUCUCACAACAGCAACUAGCAGCUGCAGCUUAUCAUCCCUUCCUAAUCAAAAUUGCUGACAUGGAAGUCCUUACUUGUGUCCAAGACAAAUCAACCAUGGAUAGGAAGGAGUUUGAUGCAACAAAAGCUGGUGUUAAAGGACUUCUAGAGUCCGGCAUCACAAAGAUACCUAAAUUUUUCAUCCGUCCAUCACUGGAAACUGUGGCGAAGUCAUCUUGCAAGUUCAGCGAUAUCAGCCUUCGUAUUCCACUUAUAGACCUUGCUGGCUUUGAAAGUAGUAAAAGGAAGGAUAUAAUUGAUGAAAUAUGUGAAGCAUCCGAAAAAUGGGGUGUCUUUCAAUUGAUCAAUCAUGGGAUUCCAAUUAGUGUCUUGGAUGAGAUGAUUGCUGCUACCAAAAGAUUUCAUGAGCAACCAAAUGAGGUGAAGAAGGAGCUGUACUCGCGUGAUCUUGAGAAAUCAGUGAAGUACUACAGCAACGGUGAUCUCUUUUCACGUAAAGGAGCUGCAGAUUGGACGGAUAUCUUGGCCUUUGAUUUUGACGAUGGUAUAGUGGACCCUGCAGCCGUUCCUCAAUUAUGCAGAGAUGCAGUGACAGAAUAUGUGGGACACAUGGUUGAACUUAAGAAUACAUUAUCUGAACUCCUCUCAGAGGCUCUGGGACUUAGCAGUGACUAUCUUGCAAAAAUGGAAUGCAUGGAGUAUCCACCGAUACGUUGCCACUACUACCCCGCUUGCCCUGAGCCAAAUGGCGUGCUUGGCUCAGUCGAGCAUACGGACCCAGAUUUUAUGACUAUAGUCCUGCAGGACAAUGUUGGUGGUCUUCAAGUUGUUCAACAAAAUAUGUGGGUUGAUGUGUCCCCUGUUCCAGGAGCUCUGAUUGUCAACAUGGGUGACUUUAUGCAGCUUAUCACCAAUGAUAAAUUCAUCAGCGUCCAGCACAGAGUUCAAUUUAGACAGACCGGCCCAAGAGUGUCAAUUGUUUGCUUCUUCUAUCCUUCUUCAACAAAUCUGUAUAAACACUUUGGGCCUAUAGAGGAGCUUCUAUUCGACCAAGAACCGAUAUACAGAGAAACUAGUGUUAUGGAAUACGUCGAUAAAUACAAUUCUAAUGGAGGACCUGGCAGCAAUCCAUGCCUACCACUUUUUAAACUAGUGUAAGGGAUUGCUAGCCGGAUUGAGUGAUGCAUGGAUGCUUAUGAAAGCCGGAUUGAGUGAUGCAUGGAUGCUUAUGAAACAAUGUCGAAACCUAAAAUAUGUAACAAAUUUCAGCUUCUCAUGUAUGUUGUCUGUUGUCUAAAUUGUCAGAACCUAUAUGUAUAUGUAGCUGUUAUAUAUUUGUAAUAUGGUCUAUCUUUUCUCUGUUUAGAGGAAUGAGUUGUAAUAAAGAAUAUAUUAAG